CACGAUGAAACACGACAAAGGGCCUUGCUGAUCGCUGAAAUUACACCUCUACCCUCCUCCUUCUCCUUCAUCAAAACCCUCCCUCCCCUCUCCUCUCAAACUUCCCUCCAUAAUCUCCAUCAAAAUUCCCCUACCCCUUUCUCCAUGGAUUUUAUCUGCCCUAAAAAUCCCAAGAUUUGGGACGGAAAUGGCUUCACUCCGUGUUUUGAGAAUAUGGUGUUUGGUUUCGGAGCGAAUUUUGUCACUAUAGCUGCUGUUCUUGGUCUUGCAAUCAGUAAGAGGAAUGCUGAAAGAAGUCGGAACAUAGGCAUAAGUUCGGGGAAGGUGUUUUUACAUAUACUACCAUCCAUUGGAGCAUGUCUUUCUUUCUAUGAAACAUUCUUGCUGCUGGAGAAUAGCCUUCAUGGUUACUAUGCUGAGCAUCAUGAAUGGUUCUUCAGAUGUUCCCAAUUGAUUUCUUGGUUUCUAAUUUUGCUAGUUAUGAAGUUUGAUCGCUGGUUUCUUAUACUUUGCAAUCUGGGCUUAUGCUUCUGGUGGAUUACGAGACCUCUGUUUGCAAUCCCUCAUCUGUACACUGUGUUUUCUUCAUCAAAGAAGGUGCUGCCAUUUUGUAUAGAGAGUUGUUUGGUUCUUUCUGAAAUCAUGUUUGGUUUUUUAAUCGUCAUGAUCAGGGCAAUUCGAGGAUUUGCACUACAGAGGAACUUUAACACCAUUGAGGAUCCACUUCUCUCAGAUGAUAGAGGAAGAGAUGAAGGCCCUGCUCUUAAAUUGGGUCUGAAAAUUGUCAGUUAUUGGGACCUUUUAACUUUCAAGUUUGUCAAUAUAAUGAUGGACCAUGGUGUCAUGAAGCAACUUGAUUUUGAAGAUUUAAUUCAAUUACCUUGUGAACUCAUGCCACAUUGUUGCCAUACUACUAUACUAAGGAGCUGGGCAGCUGAGAAAAGUAAGCGUUACUCUCAGCCAUCAUUGUUUGGAACCAUUUUUCAUGCUUAUGGGUGGCCAUAUUUAUGUCUAGGAGUACUGAAGGGAGUAAAUGAUGCGAUUGGUUUUUUAGGCCCGUUGCUUCUUAACAGGUUGCUUCGGUUUCUUGAACAAGGUUCUGGUCAUACAGAUGGAUACAUUCUUGCUCUUUCUCUGGGGCUGACUUCUAUCUUCAAGUCCUUCUUAGAUACACAGUACAGUUAUCAUCUAAUGAAAUUAAAGUUGAAGCUAAGGUCGAGCCUUAUGACGAUGGUUUAUCACAAGUGCCUGCAUAUUAGCCUUUCUGAACGCUCAAAGUUUUCUGAAGGAGAGGUUCAAACUUUCAUGUCUAUAGACACAGAUCGUACUGUUAACUUGUGUAACAGUUUUCAUGACAUGUGGAGCAUGCCUCUACAGAUUUGUGUGGCACUGUAUCUUUUAUACACGCAAGUCCGUUUUGCAUUUGUUGCUGGACUUGUAAUAACCAUACUGCUCAUACCAGUAAACAAAUGGAUCUCUACACUUAUUGCAAGAGCAACAGAGGGAAUGAUGAAAGAAAAGGAUGAAAGGAUUAGAGGUGCUGGAGAACUUUUAUCGUAUAUUCGCACUCUGAAGAUGUAUGGCUGGGAGUCUAUAUUUGCUGACCGAUUGAUGGAAAGAAGAGAAAUGGAAGUGAAAUACCUCUCUACACGGAAAUAUUUGGAUGCCUGGUGUGUAUUUUUCUGGGCAACAACACCUACUCUUUUUUCUCUGUUUACAUUUAGCACCUUCGCGCUAAUGGGUCAUCCGCUAAAUGCUGCUACGGUGUUCACUUGUAUUGCUCUAUUCAAUACAUUGAUCACUCCCUUGAAUUCUUUUCCAUGGGUGAUUAAUGGACUAAUUGAUGCUGUAAUUUCUACAAGGCGAUUGAGCAAGUUCCUGUCCUGUCCUGAGCAUAAAUCCGCAGAGAAGCAUCCUUCACACGGACAGUCAUGUAUUCUGGAUACUCUGUCAUGUUCUUCUGAAGGUCAGAGAGUCACUGAUGCUGAUCCAUUGGCUAUAGUUUUUCAAGAUGCAUGUUGUGUUUGGUCAAGUAGCAAUGAAGAAGACUAUCGCACCAUAUUGAGCAGAAUUACACUGAACCUGCCAAGGGGCAUGCUUAUUGCUAUAAUUGGAGAGAUUGGUUCAGGUAAAUCAUCCUUGUUAAGUUCUAUUUUGGGAGAGAUGCGGACUGUUAAUGGGUUGAUAAGUUCCCGAGGAUCGAUAGCAUAUGUACCACAGGUACCUUGGAUCCUAUCAGGAUCUAUACGCGAUAACAUUUUAUUUGGUGAAAAACCAAAUGCUAGAAGAUAUGAAGAAGUAUUACAGGCAUGUGCACUUGAUGUUGAUAUUUCACGAAUGAUUGGAGAUGACCUAGCCUAUAUUGGAGAAAAAGGUCUUAACUUAUCUGGUGGACAGAGAGCACGUCUUGCAUUAGCACGGGCAAUCUAUCGUGACUCUGAUGUAUACUUGCUUGAUGAUAUACUCAGCGCAGUUGAUUCACAGGUUGCUGUAUUGAUUUUACAGAAAGCAAUACUGGGUCCUCUAAUGAACCAGAAGACGCGUGUACUGUGCACUCAUAAUGUUCAGGCAAUAUCUGCUGCAGAUAUGAUCAUUGUCAUGAACAAAGGAAGUGUGAAGUGGGCUGGGCCAUUUUCUAGUUUUUUACUUUCUCCAUAUUCGAUGAUGUCCACUUCAGAAGCUUCAAAAGAUGCAUCAUCACAACUUACACUGAUGGAAAAUAGUUUAUUUGUUCUUGAAAGAAUGAGUUAUGAUAACCAUCUAAGUGAUUGUAUAUCUCUUUCAAAGGAAGCGCAGAAUAGGACUGAUGUAGAGGCAAGGGAAGAGGGUAGAGUUAAUUUUAGAGUAUACAAAAGCUAUGCCGCAUAUACUGGUUGGCCAGUUGUUAGUAUCAUUUGUAUAUCAGCAGUCCUCAUGCAAGCAUCUCGGAAUGGAAAUGAUAUCUGGUUAUCUCACUGGGUGGAUGCCACCACUGGAACUGAGUACAUGAUGUAUUAUAUGUUUAUUCUCAUUAUCCUCGGUGCGGCGAAUUCCCUUUUAACCCUUGUGAGGGCUUUCUCGUUUGCAUAUGGUGGUCUACAUGCUGCAGUCAGGGUACACAGUGAUCUUCUGAAGAAACUUGUCAAUGCACCUAUAAUUUUUUUCGACCAAAACUCAAGUGGAAGGAUUCUGAACAGAUUGUCUUCAGAUCUAUACAUGAUUGAUGAUUCCCUUCCAUUUAUUCUUAACAUUCUUCUAAACAACUUCUUGGUCUUAUUGGGAAUUACAACAGUCUUGUGCUAUACACAGAUAACUUUUGUUCUUCUGCUAUUUCCUUUGGGGUUUAUCUACAAAAAGUUGCAGUUUUACUAUAGAUGCACUUCCCGUGAACUUCGGAGGCUUGAUAGUGUUUCUCGCUCACCUAUCUAUUCUUCGUUCACGGAAACCUUGGAUGGGUCUGCAACAAUAAGGGCGUUUGAGACAGAGGAUUUAUUUAUGGGGAGAUUCACUGAGCAUGUUGCUUUAUAUCAGCGUACUUCCUACGCAGAGCUGACAGCAAGCUUGUGGCUUUCUUUGCGCCUCCAGUUAUUGGCAGCUUCUGUUGUUUCAUUCAUUGCCUUGAUGGCUGUCAUUGGUUGCCGAAGUGAUCUCCCAUUUAGCUUGGGUACACCUGGAUUGAUUGGCUUAGGCCUGUCCUAUGCAGCACCGGUGGUUUCUUCACUGAGCAAUUUUCUGACUAGUUUCACAGAGACAGAGAAGGAAAUGGUUUCUAUUGAGAGAGUGCUUCAGUACAUGGACAUCCCGCAAGAAGGAUUUCAAGGCAGCCAAACUGCACAUCCAAAUUGGCCUUUUCAAGGGCAUAUUGAAUUUGUACAUGUUACACUUAAAUACAAACCAUCAUUGCCAGCAGCUUUAAAUGAUGUGUCAUUUAACAUCUCUGCAGGCAUGCAGAUUGGAAUUGUCGGAAGGACAGGUGCUGGAAAAUCCAGUGUGAUGAAUGCCCUUUUCCGGCUUACUCCCAUUUGUAAUGGUCGUAUAUUAGUAGAUGGUGUUGAUGUGGCUGAUAUUGCAGUCACAGAUCUUCGUGGACGUAUGGCAGUGGUUCCUCAAAGUCCGUUCCUGUCUGAAGGGUCCUUAAGAGACAACCUAGAUCCACUUGGUAAGACGAGUGAUAUAAAAAUUUGGGAGACUCUUGAGAAGUGUCAUAUCAAAGAAGAGGUAGAAUUGGCCGGAGGACUUGACAUUCAUGUGAAAGAUUCUGGGAUCUCAUUUUCAGUUGGCCAGCAGCAGCUUAUAUGCCUUGCUCGUGCACUCAUCAAAUCUUCCAAGAUACUUUGUUUGGAUGAAUGCACAGCAAAUAUUGACACUCAGACUGCAUCAGUACUACAAAAUACUAUUUCUAAUGAAUGCAAAGGCAUGACAGUCCUCACAAUAGCUCAUCGUAUAUCUGUAGUGUUGGACAUGGACAACAUUCUAGUUCUUGACCAUGGUGUACUGGUUGAGCAAGGAAACCCACAUGUGCUUUUGAAAAACAAUCACUCUAGAUUUGCAGGAUUAGCUCGAGCUUCAACAAUGUGAGCUCUUUUUCACUUCAAAGCACAUAAUUGAGUUAUCUUUCUAGUUGAGCUUAACCAGGAUGAUGAAUCAGUGGAAUCAAGGGUAUGAGUACCAUCAUGAAAGACUGGUUGAUUAUCUGCAGAAUGUUAUCAUAGUUUCUAACUUAGUUAGGGAUGGAUCUUGGAACAAAGACUUGCAGAGAUGGGUGAUCCUUCAUUAAACCCUUCUUAUUUGAAUAAUCUAUGCACAUUAUGCUCUAUGUACUUGCUGAUUCUCCUGCACUUGAAGCUAAGCAAAAUAUGUGUAGUUGUUAGUACA